UUCUCAUUGUUUAAAGCUGAAAUUACGUGGCUAGACAUUACACAACUGUAACUGCGGCUCUAUGGCGUGGCCUCGAAUUACCCUGUCAGCUGUCACGGAGCCCUAAUGUUAGACGUAACUUUAAAGUCUGAUCUAGAGGUAUCUAAAUAAUGGCGGUGAAUUCAUAUGGUGGAGGUGGCACAGAUGAAGGUUAUGCUCAACUGGACUUAAGUGGCAAGCUUAUAAUUAAAGCACAGUUAGGAGAUGAUAUUAGACGAAUUCCAAUUCAUAAUGAAGACAUCACAUAUGAUGAACUUGUACUUAUGAUGCAAAGAGUGUUUAGGGGGAAAUUAGAUGCAAAUGAUGAAGUUUUGAUCAAAUAUAGAGAUGAAGAUGGUGAUCUGAUAUCAAUUUUUGAUAGUUCUGAUUUAUCAUUUGCUAUUCAGUGUAGCAGAAUAUUAAAAUUAACAAUAUUUGUAAAUGGCCAUCCUGCUCCUCUGCAAGCUGAUGAAGUGAAGCAUAUUCGAACUGAAUUGGCAAAAAUUAGAAAUCAAGUAAAUCAAUUAAUUGACCAACUUGAACCUAGACAAGAAAUGCCUGGAGCAAGAUCAGAAAAUGAGAAAGGUGGAUCUAAUGCUCAAGUGAGUAAUGCUCCUAAUGCUGCUGCACCGAAAGAAUUUGAUCCCUUGUCAUCCAAAGAAGGUGGUGAAGGGGGACGUGGCAAGGUAGCUACUUCAUUUGGACUGCAAGAAGAUGCUCGUGGUGGAUCUCCCGAUAGCAUUUCCAGUUUGGGGUCUUCAGCUAGCCAAAAGCAGCCUCAGCAGAUGGCUCAAGCUGGUCCACCUCCCAGCAGUAUGUAUCAAAAUCAACAUCAGCAGGUUUAUGCACCCUCUCAAAAUCCACAGCAUCCUCAGGGAGUCCCACAGCAUCCUCAUUACUUCCAAGGCCAUCAACAGCCCCAUUCACCUGCUUCAAGUGUUGGUAGUGGGUUUGCUCCUCCUCCAUCUGGCUAUGUUUCAUCCCAACCUGGACCAGGGUAUGGCAGCUUCCAGCAAAAUCCUCAGAUGCAACAAGCUCAGUAUAGUCAACAACAGCAGCAACCAACUCAAACACAGCCUCAACAACAACCACAACAAAUGACACAGCAAGUUCGUGGAAGCCCAUACUCAGGACCACCUACUGGAACUCCAAACCAAGGACAGCCUGGUGCUCCAAAUACCUAUGCUGGUCCACCUACAUCUCAGACUUACCAGGGGCAAGUGCAACAAUAUCCAGCUGGUUACUCACCUGGACCAGCAGGGGGACCUGUCCCUCCUACAAGUGGAGGACCAGCUGGAACUAAUCCAUAUUCUCGUGGACCUUCUUCUGGCUAUCCCCGUCCUGCUCUUAACUACCAACCAGGAUAUUGAUGUUAAAUUGUCAAAAUUAAAUAUUAAAUAGUCUUUUCAUUCAUGUGGCUUGUUUUUGGCCGGCCAUCAACAGUCUGCAUGUUUGUGCUGGUUCUUUUAGGUAUUUUAAAUAAAUGCUGUAUACAUUCUUUCAUCCAUUUAUUAAUGUUUCUUAUUAGAUAUAUAAUAAUUUUUGACUUUUUCAUUUCUUGGCACUUUUUUAUUUUAUUUUUUUUUAUAUUAUAUAACUAAAUGAUAAUUUUGCUUAUUUUCUGUAUGGAAAAUUUUGAUUGCUGAAAUCCAUCUGAGAUAGGAAAACAUAUUUAUUUUGUGCAAUGUAUUAUUGUAAUAGCAUUUUAAUUUUAAAAUUUCGAAAUAGAUAUUCAGUAAAACUCUAGGAUUUUAUGUCAUUUGUUAGUUGUGAUUUUUAAAUACAAUCAUAAAAAUAAUAUAAAGAAAAAAAAAAACUUUUAGAGUUGACCACUUUUGAAUUGAACUUUCAUGUAUCUAUGUAUCAAAUUUAAAUCAUGAUUUUUAAUGAGAAUAUUAAUCAAAGUAAUACAUUUGAUUCUGUGUGAUGCUAAAUGUGCAGCUGUUCUUGUUUAUAAGUGAAAGAAUAAUCAUUGCUGUUUUAUAAGAUGCCAGCAUAUGCCUUUAUAGCGUUUGUUUUGUAUGUAGUUUUCUGUUCUAAUAUGUCUUAAAACUGUAAAUUGAAUUUAAUUUUUUUGUUGUCCCCCAUUACUUUCAACUGCUGUGUUUGUUAAAUGCAGUUCAAAGAAACUUUAAAAUUCUGAUUAGUCUGGGGAGAGGAUUAAAUAAAAAGUAUAUUUUCUGUAGUGUUGCCUGAGUUUUAAUGUAAUAAAUAUGUACAUUUGAAA